AUGGAGGGUACACUUUUAAAAUGGACUAACUAUUAUAAUGGAUGGCAACCACGUUAUUUUGUCUUAAAUGAAACAGGCAUUCUUUCUUAUUACAAAUCAAGUGAAUUAAUUCAUGAAGGUUGUAAAGGAUCAUGUUUAGUUGUUGCAUGUGAAGUCAAAGUUCAUCCACAUGAUCCACUUCGUUUUGAUUUAAUAAUACCUGGUGAACAAUUUUUUUGUUUAAAAGCUAAAACACAAUCUGAUAGACAACAUUGGCUUGUUGCAUUGGGUUCAUGGAAAUCACGUGGAACGAAAUCAACUACAAAAACGACAAAUACAUUGAAUAAUAAUAAUAAUAAUACAUCAUCAUUAAUUUCUCAUCUAAAUACGAUCGAUGAUGAACUUAAAUUAAAAGUACAAGAAUUACGUCUCUAUGAAACUGUUCUUAUGCAACGAAUUCAUGCUGUUAAAUCUAUUGCAAAUGAUACACCAACACCUGAUGUUAAAAAAUUAGAUGAAACAACAGCAAUGUUAAAUGUAACUUGUGAUGCUUUUAUACAUGUACUUGAUGAAUGUGUUAAAUUAGCAACCGGUGGUUCAAGUCAAUCAUUAACAUUAUUAUCUCCAAGUUCAUCAAUAAAUUCAAAUAAUAGUUCAAUAUAUCGAAAACCAUCAAAUGAAUUUAAUUUAAAAAAAACUCAAAAUACAACAAUAGUUUUACCUAAACAAUUUAUUUAUCGAACAUUUUUUUCUGAACUUCGUUAUACAUUUUCUAAUCUAAGUACUUUAUCAUUCAAUGAAAUUCAUUCUGAACAAUUUCUUUCGACUUGUGAACAAUAUUUUCAGUUAAUCGAUAAAUUUAAUCCUACAACAUUUAAUACAUUCCGUUCCGACGCUAUUGAUAAUAUAAAUAAAUUGAGAAACAAAAUUAGUACGAAUACGAAGAAAUUUCAAACUUUAUAUUCGAUUAUUAAUGAUGAAAUAUCUACUCAAAUAACGAAAGAAAAAGAUUCGGCAACAGAUGCAUUACUUUGGCUUAGAAGAAAUAUUCAUUUUCUUGCGUGUUUUCUACAUGAAUUCGGUCAAGGUGAUAAAAGUGUUGAAGAUGCAAUGAAUAAAGCAUAUGGACAAGCAUUGAAAUCAUUUCAUGGUUGGAUUACACGUGGAAUUUUUUCUAUUGCUCUUCAAUCAGUUCCUUCGAAUGAAGAUUUUCUUAUUUCACUUGCUAUUGAUCCAAAUGAAGCUCGAGAAGCUUUAUUUGAACGACAAAUUUUGAAUGAAAUGCUUCAACAUAGUACUGAAAUGAAUGUUGUUAUUCGUAAAAUAAAUGAUUUUUAUAUUGAACAUAAUAUUGAAUUAGAUGAUAUUAUUCGUUAA